AAAUUAUAAAAGGGUAUCACAUGCGUGAGUUUUCUAUACUAGAUGACAUUUUUUGCAUUGGGGACUCCGACUUUACCCUGUCCUACUUACUCUGCUAUAAUACAACCAUUUUCAUAUACUUGUGUCUUAUCUCUACCUCUGAUUUAUGCUUCAUUCAUCCCUUUAAUCUGUCUUUACAACUUAAUCUCAAGCUAAGGAUACUUAUUACUCAAACUCACUUUAGACAAUUACUGUAUAACAUUGAAUCCUCAAUCUAUACGUUGAAUCACUUUAGUGUUGCAUCGAAUCACUAAGCACUGCAAAAACAAAAAAACAAAAAAACAAAUUUCUGAAAGUCAAUACUGCAUGCAGCCCAAGUAGGGCAUGUCGUAUAGUUGUGAUGGAAAUUGUUAUUCACCAUUUCCAUACCCCUCUAUUAUGGACAUUGUUAUAUAGGGCUACUUACUCGGGGCAUUCAGUCUCCCUUUUUCACAAUAUCCUAUUUUCUUGUAUCAACCACAUUUUCUGAAUACACAAACAUCUCUCCAGAGAAAUUGUUAGACAACUCGAUCAGUAUGAUAAUACUCAAACUACUGCUGCUAGCUUCAUUUCUCCAAUGUGUUCGUACUGAUUACUCCUUGGCUAAUUCUAACCAAAAUGUAUCCACUGUCAAGUUGAGAUCUGUUGAGAAAGACUUCUUUCAAUGGGUCAACCACAUUGCUUCCAAGACCAAAUUCAAGUCUAACAAGCACAAUACCAAAUUCCAACAGCAUAAACAAAAAACAAAGACUAAAUCUAAGCCUUGCAAAACUAUUAAAGUCAGAAAACACCCUAAACCAUCAUCAAAGCAUUUUCCUAGUGUGCAGAAGGCUAUCAAGUCACUCCCAAUCCUUAACUCGUGUCGAGUGGUCAUAUCUAUUGGUCCAGGAACAUACAGGGAAAAGGUGGAAGUUCCUGUAACAAUGGCUUAUAUAACAAUUAAAGGAGCAGGUGCAGAUAAGACCAUUAUUGAGUGGGAUGACACAGCUGAUAGGUUAGGGCAAAGUAGGCAGCCAUUAGGAACUUAUGGCUCUGCUACUUUUGCUGUCAAUUCCCCCUACUUCAUUGCCAAGAAUAUUACUUUCAAGAACGUUGCACCAUUGCCGCCAACAGGAGCACUAGGGAAACAAGCAGUGGCACUGAGGAUUUCAGCAGACAAAGCAGCAUUUAUAGGGUGCAAAUUUAUAGGGACACAGGAUACUCUGUAUGAUCACAUUGGAAGGCAUUACUUCAGGGAAUGCUACAUCCAAGGGUCUGUGGACUUUGUGUUUGGUAACGGACUCUCACUCUAUGAUGCCUGCCAUUUGCAUGCCGUGUCCAACAAUUAUGGAGCUCUUACUGCCCAGAAGAGAGAGAGCUUCUUGGAAGAAACAGGGUUUUCUUUUCUGAAUUGCAAGGUCACUGGAUCAGGUGCACUUUACCUUGGCAGGGCUUGGGGUACCUUCUCUAGGGUUGUCUUCGCAUACACUUACAUGGACAAGAUUAUUGCCCCUGGGGGCUGGUAUGAUUGGGGUGACAAAAACAGGGAUAUGACAGUAUUUUAUGGGCAAUACAAGUGCUCAGGACCAGGAGCUAACUACGGGGGAAGGGUAGCGUGGUCAAGGGAGCUGACUUCACAAGAAGCUCAACCAUUUAUUUCCUAUGAUUUCAUUGAUGGCUAUGAAUGGCUUAGGAACCUAAUUUGAUAAGGGUUUGAGGUCCAUUGGUUAUCCUCUUCUGCAGUCUGUUGGCUCCCACUAUAUUGUAAUUUGAUGUUUAUCCUUUCUCAUUCAUUAUAAAAUUGCGCACACUUUAAACC